GUGAAAGUGGGUCCGCUCGGGGUCCACUGUUAGGUCCUAGAGGUAGCGUCCACUGUCACCUCUCACUGUGCCACUGUGCCAGACCUUAGACCCAACACUCUGUUACCGCUGGCAACUGCAAAUCAUCCACUGCCAGCUGUCUUUGACAUCAUCUAACCUCCUUUGCCUUCAACGGCAUCGCGUCGACCAAUAUUGCGGACUUUCCUAUGAGGACAGAGACCUUCGAAACCCGGUGGAGCUGAUCGAAACUUAUGGGGGAAAUUCGGGAGACCAACGAAUUGCCAUGUCGUCCAACGAGGUGAAACGCCGCGCGGUGCCCAAGUUCACCUCAUUCGCACCAGCCACACCAGCCCCGGAGGUAGACUCCGAAAAACGACCAUCGACAGACCGAGGCUCAUCAAGAAAUCUGGAGAAGAAGGAGGACCGUGAACGACGGCAUCGCCAUAGGAACCAUGAUCGGGACCGUCAUAGAGACAGUGACAGAGAAAGGGAAAGAGAGAGGGACAGAGACAGGCAUCAUGACAGGCAUCACAGCCGACAUCAUGACCGAGAUCGCCAUCAUCGCAGACGGUCAGCCAGCCCUGCUUCACAGUCUAGAGAAACCCGGCCUCCACGUCACGAACCAUCCAAUACCAGCCAGAGCAACGAUGUCUUCUACUUCGACAAGAAGGAAGACCCCUUGAUUUUCCGUUAUGGCGGCAAUGAGCGCUCAAAGAUACCAUCUUAUCGUCGCUUUGGUGCUGGAAAAGUUAUCGGCUCUCCUGGGUAUCUCUCCGUUUAUUUCGAAGGUUCAAAAGAAGUUUUCACCAUCAGAGGCACUGGCGAGGGCAGGGGCAAUGGUUCGGUCUUCAGAGACAAAACACUGAUGACGUGGGCCAGAGCGAAGGGAGCGAACGCAAAACAUAUCAAGCCUGGUGAGGGUGAUGGAAAUGGAGGAUCAACGGCAGAGGAUGGCGACUUCAUAUCUCUCGAGCCCCCAAGGAAACGGCAACGAGCCGAUAAAUCGCCACGGCUUGACGGUGGUGACAAGACACCAGAUUACAGGUCGAUCUAUGGCAAAGCCAAGUCAGAAGAUGAGGAAUCUGAUGGCGACGAUACAUCCUCCGAUUUGGAGGACGAAAAUAAGGUGCGCAGUCAUCUUUUGGACAUGUCAGCCGCCAAGAAGAGGUCUCUUGAACUCCAUCGCCAGAUCAAAAACCGUCCCGGGGACACCAAAGCUUGGCUCGAGUUAAUUGGAUUGCAAGACACCCUCUUCAGGGAGCAACAACUCGAGGACCAGUCGAUAAUUGGGAAUCAGGCAAAAGCUCUGGCCGAACUCAAGCUAUCCCUCUAUGAAGAGGCCCUUCCCCACGCAACCGACAUCUCUCUCAAGGAGACUCUGUUGAACGGAAUGAUGCGCGAGGGUGAAAAGGUGUGGGAUCCCAAGCAGCUUGCGAAGCGCUGGGAAGAGACCACCAAGACCGACCCCGACAGCUUCUUGUUAUGGGUUUCACGACUAAACUUUGAGCUCUCGCAGGUGGCAACUUUCACAUACGAUGAAUUGAAGAGCGUCAUGGUGACAAAGUUGCAAUCCUUGAGCCAAGUUCUAGCAAGCGCGUCUUCGGAUGACAAUGCUGUCGCCACGCUCUGCAGCCAGCUGAUUUACGUUUUCGUCAGGUUAACGUGCUACCUCCGGGACUCGGGAUAUGUCGAGCUGGCUGUAGCGGCAUGGCAAGCAACUCUAGAACUGAACUUCUGCCGGCCUAGUAACGCGUCGGACUUCCAAUCAGUUAUGGAGGACUUCUCAGACUUCUGGGAGAGCGAAGUACCGCGAAUAGGUGAGGAUAAUGCCAAGGGUUGGCGUCACUUUGUUGAAGACAUGGGCGCUAUGGCCGACCCACCAGAAGCAAUGACAAGGAAACUAUCUGGAAUGCCUCAGACGAGGGAUCCAUUCAAAGCUUGGGCGUCGCUGGAACGGCGAGAGACGGCAGAUGCAAGAAUGCCGGCUCGUACUUUGGACGAAGGAACAGAUGAUGACCCAUUCCGAAUCAUCAUGUUUUCGGAUAUCAAGGACUUGGUGUUGUGGUUCCCGCCUCAGGUGCUAUCGCAGGCGCAGCCUCAGCUGAUUGACGCCUUGUUAACGUUUUGUCGACUUCCCACUGCCGGCUUGUCAAGUAACAGUCGAGCUAAGUAUUCUGCGUUGAAAGACCCAUUCAUUGCGCCUCGCGGACAAGCCUUUGAAUCUGCGCUGAAUCAACUAGGCCGCCAUGAUGCCUCGAUUUCUGUGGAAAUAGAGAGGAAACCACCAUUGUUUAGGCAACAAGGUGGAAACAUGGCUCUCUCUCAUGAACUCCUCUUUUCCGGACAAGACUGGUUUCAGUAUCUCGGUCAAUGGUCUGAUCUCAGCAAAGAGGCAGAUGGUGAAGUUGAGCCUUCCUGGGUACUCGAGACACUGCGCUACUUGGUCAUUAACUGUGGUAUUGAGCAACUGGCUGAGUACUAUCUGGCAAUGGCAUGGCUCAAUGAACCUUCUGGAGCUAAGAAGGUCGCCAAGGGACUGCUGAAACGAUACUCUUCCAACACAAGACUAUACAAUGCCUAUGCCAUGAUCGAGUUCGCGAACGGAAAUGUUGACAUGGCUGAAAAGGUACUACUCUCGGCAACAAGCCAAAAUUCUGCCGACAGCCAGCUGUUAUGGAAUACCUGGGUAUGGAUGCACCUGAAGGCGGGCAAAAAGCAACUUGCUCUGCUUCGGCUGCUGUCUUCCGUGGAUAGUACCAUAGAUGUGAAGGCCAGUUCGCCAGUGUCGUCAGCUCUGCUCCUGAAAGCACGUUCUCGCUUCUCUACCAAACGGGACUACUCCCUCUCCUCUCACCAACUAGAACCAGCCCUCCAAUAUGCCGAGAGCUUUGCCCUUCUCGAGUACCUCUCAACAGCCGAAAACAGCAGCAGCACGAAGUCCCCAAGCCAAGGCAACAUCGCUUCCGCCCUUGCGAACAUACAAUCCUUCGCCACCGAGCUGAGCUCCCUAGGCCACCAAACCCUCCACGAGCGUCUCCUCCAAACCGCCGCUCGCCUGCUCUAUCACCACGCAACCCACGGCCCUUACAAGCCUUCCACCCUACGCAACCAUCUUCACGAAUUCAUCCGUCUAUUCCCCCACAACACGCUCUUCCUCUCCCUUCUGGCCUGGGCAGAGCAAUCCACUCUCCGGAUCGACGACCCCGUCCGGACCAUUCUGCGCGAAAGCUUGUCCUCAACAAAAGAGGAAGAUACCAGCAGCCAAGGAGAUAUCACAGCAGUAGUACCAAUACCCACCCACCGUUUCGCAAUCGAAUACGAGCUCCUCUCCGGCGCCGGCCUCAGGCCCGUCGGCACCGCAACAAUCCACUCCACCAAAGCCGCCUUCGAAGCCGCCGUUUCGGAUCCCUCUGCGUGCAAAUACAACGUCGACAUAUGGAUCGGUUACAUUCGGUUUCUCACGCAGGUAUAUCUGCAGGCCCUUGCUUUAUCCUCCUCUGGAUCCUCUGCCAAGACAGGGACCCGGGAGAGUGGUAGAAAGAAGACAGAUGCGCAAGCGGCGAGCGCUCUCAAGGCUCUCAAAGACGUCUUUUACAGAGCCGUUGCUGCCUGUCCGUGGAGUAAGAGGCUUUAUAUGGAGGUGUUUUCUGUUACUGCUACUGGAGAGCCUGGAGAGCCUGGAGGAGGAGGUGGGGGCGGAGCGUUGGUGAAAGAGUUGAGCAGUGGGGAGUUGAGGGCGGUGGUUGGGACGAUGGUGGCGAAGGGGUUGAGGGUGCAUGUUGAUUUUGAGGGGUUUGAGAGGAAUUGGAAGGUGAAGGAGGAAGAAGAGGAGAGGGUGAGGGAUGAGAAGGAGAAGGCUGAGAGGGCUGGGAAGGAGGAGAGGGAGAAGAGGGCGAGGUUGGAACGGGAGAGACGAUGGGAUUUGGAAGAUUCGGUGCAUAGAGAUCGCCAUAUGGGUCCGGAAAGGGGUGACGGAAGAAGGGGAAAUUAUGAGAGGUAUGGUGAUCGUGAUAGGGACAGAGGACGGGAUAGACGGAGGGAGGGAGAAAGGGGUUUCGAUAGGAGAUAGGUUGCUGCAUUAUCAGAAGCCACAUGUGCUUCGAUUGGACAAGUUAGAACAUGUCUUACACUGGGGCAUCAUCAGAGAGAAAAG